CAAGACUGUUCGCUCUUCGCCUUCGAUGGUACCCCCUUGGGGGGCCAUCUUUCCUACCUGCAGCGUGUAUUUCGUGCAGCCCCUGAGGCAGGGGAAGCGAGGACGGAUGAAACGAAAAAACAAGGGGGAGUGAGGAGGAGGGGGACAGUGGGACAGCGGGGCAAGGUCUAGCAUCCGUCGAAACGGACCCUAGCCGCUAUGCCAUGGAGGGCGGUGCCUCAGAAGGGCGCCGCCAUGUGCACGCCGAAGACGAGCACCAUGAACGUGGGGUGGGUGCGUACGGCGCCCUGGCCGCAAAACGGCCCAGGCCCCGACCGACCGCCGCUGCCACCGCCACACGCCGAGCCGGCGGCCUCCUUGAUGAUGGCAAUGAUGCGGCGCGUGUCGUGCGCCGCGUUCGCUGCAGCGAGAUCCGCCCUCCGCCGCGCCGAGAGCACCAGCCCGCCCGCGUCGGCCGCCAUCCGCCCACCAGGCAACGCUGGGAGCUCGUCCGCCCAGGCGUCGUCCACCAGAGGCGAAGGCGGCGCUCUUCACGGGCCCGCCAUGAGUGCCGCCAGCGCCGCCGCGCCCGCGCCGCCGUCGGCGCCGCCGAAGGCGGACCGUGGCGUUUGCGGUGCCAGUCCAGAGGCCGCGUGCGAGGCGAGAAGCGCGCCGCGGGCCGCCUCCAGGGCGGCGCGGCGUCCGUCUAAGGGGCAUGCAUAUGGGGCCACGACGGGCGCAAGCGAGCGGGGUCCACGAAGGGCAUAGAAUGCGGAGCCACACAGGGCAGCGACAGGGCCACUGAAGGCAGCAACGGGGCCACGAAGGGCAGCGAGCGAAAGCGACCGUGGAACCAGCACGGGCAAUGAAGGGCAUCGAAGGCGGGCGAAGGACACCGAACGGCGACUGCAUCCCCCAACGGGCUGGUCGGGCGGGCAGGCCCCGCCGGGCGGGUUGAGCGAACGGGUCGUUGAAACGCGAAUCC